AUGGGUGGGAGUAUGAGCAGCGGUGGUGGGUUGGAGGGUAUGCUUGGUGGUGGGAGGUGGAUUGCAACUGGUAGUUGCCCUGUCACGCCACAGUUUGCCAUCCGAGCCUUUGAUAGCCCACGUGGCAGGCCCCCAUUGGCUCGGAAUUUUGCCAUUAGCCCCUCUCCGUCAAAGGAGGGGAGGGAGGAGAGCAUUGGGGAAGGGGGUGGCGAGGGUGAGAGAGUGUUUGAGAGAGGGGGGGAGGAGGUGGGACAGAGGGAGGGGGGUGUGAUGGGGAGGGCAUGGGCGGUGGAAGAGGAGGAAAGGGAAGGGAGCAGGGAGGAGAGUGGAGGGGUUAGGAUGCAGUUACUGCAGUGGAAGCAGGGGGAGAGUGGUGGUGUGGGAGCGGGUAUGGGGCGAUUGGUAGAGACACAGAAGCAAGAGAGGGUGGUGAGGAGGAGGGGAGGGGAGGGAGAAGAGCGAGAGGAAGAGGAAGAGGAGCAGGAGGAGGGUUCUGAGAGCAGCAAGAAGGUGCGGGAGGGUGACGAGGAGGAGGACGUGGAGUUUGUUGGAGUGGCCGCUGAUGGUGGUGGUGCUCGUGACAAGCGUGGUAAGGUUGACGGUGAGGGUGGGGGGAGAGACUUGAGAGAUGGGGGGAGAAGGGGCGAAGUGGACGAAAAGAGAGCGGGGAUGGUAGGGGGAGGUGGAGGAAGAGUGAAGGGAGGAGCGGGACGAGAGGCUGUUGGUGGUGGAGGGGCGGGAGGUGAUGGUGCAGCAUUCGGAAUGGAUGAGUGUGGACUCGGGGGAAGGGGCGGAGGGGAAGGUGGAGGGGCAUGGGCAAGGGGAGGUGGACGAGCAGUGGCAGGGGAGGUGAGUGAAGCGGGGGAGAAGGCAUUGCAGGAUAAGGUGAGCGGCAGCAGCGGCGGUGGCGGCAGCAGCAGCAGCAGUGGUGGGAAGAGCAGUGGUGGUGGGAGCAGCAGUGGUGGUGGCAGCAGGGGUGUGUGGAUGGAGAGGUGGAAGGCAGCGGGGCAGGUAGAGCUGGUGGAUAGCCCGCGGCAGAUCAGAGCUGGUGCAUGGAAUGGCGCAGCAGGGGGGAGGGGAGGCGCGGGCAAGCGAGGAGGCACGGGAGGAGACGCGGGAGGGGAUGUGGGAGAAGAAAGGGCGGGAGGAUCCGGAGCAAUAGGAGGAGAAGGAGGGAGAAUUGGGGUAUCUAGUGAUGCUGGUGGGGGCCUAAUGGAAGGCAGGGGACAGCUUGUGGGGAGGGCGGGCAUGAGGAUGGGGGAUGGGAGGAGGAGGGCAGGUGGCGCGGUGGCAGGCAGGCAGGUGGCAUUAGGAGCGAGAGAUGGUGAUGGAGGGGCUAUGGGUGGCAUUAGGACCCCCAUCCAUGAAAAUGCAGUUGACGAUGCAGGGGAACAUGUGGGAGGUGCGGACCAUGCGGUGAUGCUUGUUGCAGCAAAGCUUCCUUCCAUCAGUGGCUGCAGCAGCAGUGACAAUGCUGCUUCUGCCAGUGAAGCAACUGUCGCCGCCGGCGCUGGCGCCCUUGCUGGUGGUGAUAGUGGUGGUGUCGCCUCUUGCAGUGCCGAUGCAGGAGUAAGACACCACUAUCCUGAAUGGGCGAGCAGCAUGCCAGGUGUGGAUGAUGUGACAGUUGUGCCUGUGGCGAGUGUGGGUGCAGCGUCAGCGGCAGCACUGGUUGGCACGGCACAGCAUGCACCACACUGCGGCAGUGAGGCAGAACAGUCCGACCAAUCCACCUCGCUGUUCAUGCUGGAAGAAGGUGACUCAGUGGUGGUGGCAGGGGCAGGAGAAGGGGCAGGGGCAGGGGCAGGGGCAGGGGAGAACGAGAGGGCGAAGGAGGGAAUGAAAGAGAGCGGGAGCAGGCAUGUGAUGACAUCUCGAACGGGGAGUAAUAGCUCCCUGCUGCACCUGCACUCGCUGCCCUCUGCUGCUCCCCUGCUGCAGUCUCACUCCCAAAAGUCACAGUCCCGGCAGUCGCCACAUGGUGCAGUGCUGGGGGCGCACGAGCAGCAGGUGGCGUGUGAAGCAGCGGAUUGCUUUGAUGCUGCAGCUGACAUGGACGGUGCUGCUGCUUCUUCCCCUGAUGCUGCUGCUGCUUCUGCUGCUGCUGCUGCUGUGAAGUCGAAGCAAAGGCGAGUUGGAAAUUUGAGAGAACGGGAGGUUAUGAGUGGUGGAAUGGAGAGAAGGGGCAAGGGGUGCCAGGGGGGGGAGACAGGGGAGCAGAUGAGAGAGCAUGGGGAAAGAGGGAAGGAAGAGGAGGGUUUGACGAAGCAGGGGAGGAUGGGGCUGGGAGGGGGACAUAAGGGGCGGAGUGCACGUGUGGGCGCGAGUGUGCUAGAGAAGAUUGGACGGUUGGGAGGAGUGGGAAGGGUGGGUUGGGGGAGGGUGGGCGAGGGGGUAGGCAAGGGCGGGAAGAAGGUGAAAGGGGUGAGUGAGAGGGAGGAGGAAGGGCUGUGUGGGGUUGUAAGUGGGAGUGCAGGUGCGGAUAAAAUGGAGGACGAACUAGAAGGAGCAGGAGAGGGAGAAGGAGAAAGAGAAAGAGCAGGGCAAGGGGUGGCUGAAGGGGCAGUGCAAGGGAGAAUGGAAGGGAAGGGAGAGAGGAAGAGUGUGCGAGGAGGGUUAGGCGGGAGUGGCAGGAGAGAGCGUGUGGAAGACAACAGUAGGCUGCUAGGGAAGGCGGUAGAGAGUGAUGUGGAAGGAGGUAGGCGAGGCGAGGGAGACGUGAUAGCAGGUGGAGUGGUGGGAGAAGAGCGAGGAGGAGAGAAGGGAGGCGGAGUAGCGGGAGAGGAGGUGGUAAUCGCAAGGCUGUCAGAUGAAGGGGAAGUGGAGGAGAAGGGGAAGAGGCGGAAGGUGGUGCGGAAGCAGCAGCAGCCGCAAGGGAGGUGGUACCUGGUGGGGCAGCGGGAGGUGGGGCGCGGGCAGUUUGGCGUCAUCCGGCCCUGUGUGGAGCGCAGCACGGGGCUCGUGCUGGCAUGCAAGAGCAUCCACAAGGACGGUGUCGUGCAGUCGGAGAGGGAUGCACGGGCCAUCCGCAGUGAGGUGCGCACCAUGGCACGCGUGCGAGGCCACCCUGCUGUCGUGCACCUGCGCGGGGCCUUUGAAGACGCCAAGAGCGUGCAUCUGGUGAUGGAUUUGUGUGACGGGGGCGAUCUCUUCGACUUAAUCAAGGCCACAGGACCUUUACACGAGCGCACGGCAGCACACAUCUUCCGCCAUCUGCUGCUCGCGCUGCACCACUGCCACACCUUGGGGGUUGUCCACCGCGACGUGAAGCCCGAGAAUAUCCUGCUUGCUUCACAGCCUGCUGCUGCUGCGGCGGCCGUUGCGCGGGAUGUUGCCGCUGGUAGUGGUGGUGCUGCUGAUGCUGGUGCUGGUGCGGCUGCUGGGGUGCAAGCAGACAGUCCAAAGUCAGGAAGCGCUGCAGUGACACCAGCCGGAAGUGCAGCUGCUGCGGAGGCUCUGCAGUGUGCGGGGGCGGUCAAGCUCACCGACUUUGGCGUCGCCUCCUUCCUCCCCUCCCCUGGCGAGGUGCUGCGAGUGCAAGAGCUGGUGGGCACCCCAGAGUACAUGGCGCCAGAGGCGUGGCAGGGCGAGUACAGCCCCGCCUCCGACAUGUGGGCUGCAGGCGUCGUGUUGCACGUGCUGCUGGCAGGAGUCCCCCCUUUCUGGGCAGCAGAGCAGGAAGCACUGGUAGCGGCGGUGCGGGGGAAGGACGUGGGGUUGAAGGGUAGGCGGUGGCGCGGGGUGUCGGGUGCGGCUAAGGAUGUGGUGAAGCGGCUGCUGAGGAAGCAGGCUGGGGAGCGGCCGACCGCGAGCGACCUGCUAGGUCACCCGUGGCUGCUAUUCUAG